AUGAGACAACCCGACCUGCAACAGUUAAGUCUCCACGGGGAUGUCACAUCAAAUGGCAUGGUCUGCAGAGGCCCUCUGGGUAGUGUGUCUCAGUCCAAUUUUGAGAAGAAGCAUAAUUUUCAUGGAAACUUUGACAGCCCCCACCUACCUCAAGAAAACUCAUGGUUUCCUGAGCCGCAGCAGCAUUGUAGAGAAACAAACACGCAUGCCUUGGAGCAGGCAGAGAAUGGACACAACAUUAUUUUUAGGCAAGGCGUCACAAGCAUGGACAUGCAGUCUUUGAAUUCUCCGGGAGCGCAUCAUCCAUUCGAAAAUAAUGUCAGCAAUCCUCUGCAGAUGCAGUCUCCCGACGAGAGCAACAUGCAGUCAGGCACACCCACGGACAGGAGGCCGGCUGAAUUCGGAGGAAUGGUGAUGAGGAGGCAGCACAGCUGCCCUCCUGGAGGGCCGAGUCAACAGGGAGCCCCCCAGAGCAAUCCUCCAGGAUUUGGCUCCUCUCCAGGGAACUAUCCCGCCCAUCCCGAGUACCUCUCCAGCCAGCACCUGUCAGUCAAUAAGCUUGGGGCCCUCUCUUUGGGGAAUUUGAACAAAGCCAAUACAAAAGACAGUGUGUUUGGCCAAAGCUGUCUGGCAGCUCUCUCCACGGCCUGCCAGAAUAUGAUCGCCAGCCUUGGGGCCCCGAACCUCAAUGUGACUUUUAAUAAGAAAAGUCAAAAUGAGGCCAAACGCAAAGCAGGUCAGGUUGAGCAGGACAUA